AAGCUGACGGACGAAGAAAGGGUGUAUCUAAACGCCGCGGCAUUGGGGGAUGUGCCGAUACUGAGGCAAUCUUUGGAGGACAUUGAUGUACCGCUUAAUUUGAACUGCGUCGACUACAUGGGCAGAUCUGCGCUACACCUGGCAGUUGACAACGACAACAUGGAGUCGAUCGAGUUGUUGCUGGAUCGUCUGCAGUUUGAAUGUCUCGAGGAAUCUCUAUUGCAUGCCAUCAUCCGAACGAUAAUCGAGCACCCGAGCUAUAUAGCAGGAGAGGAAUCGUUAAAGAAACGCCACAAGGACCCAUUUUUCAGAACCGACGAAAAAAGUCAAUUCUCGCCCGACAUCACCCCUCUAAUUCUGGCAGCCCACUACAACAACCACGAAAUCAUUCAGAUGUUUUUAAGUAGGAAUCACACCAUCGUCAAGCCCCACCACAUCUCGUGUAGGUGCUCCGAGUGCGUUACAAAAAGGGGCUACGACUCCCUUAAGAGAUCGAGAUCGAGGUUAAACGCUUAUAGGGCACUGGCAAGCCCCGCCUACAUGGCUCUAUCAAGCCCUGACCCAAUUAUGACGACCUUUGAGUUGAGGCAAGAAAUGAAAAAAUUGGCCCAGGUUGAGAAAGAGUUCAAGAGCGAGUACCUCAGUUUGGUUGAGCAGUGCAUGGACUUUGCGUGCGAGCUGAUGGAUUUGUGUAGGGGCACUCAGGAGGUCGAGGCCGUUCUGAGUGAGGGUAGCCAAGAAAAUGGGUCGCGAGACCCUCUGGCUCGUUUGAAAAUGGCGAUGCAGUAUGAAGAGAAGAAAUUUGUGGCCCACCCAAACUGCCAGCAACACCUCACGAGCAUCUGGUACGGACCAGAAACGGGUUUCAUGCAAUCAUUGACACUAUGGAAAAAAUCUCUGAUGUGGGUGGUCUGCGUCCCUCUUGUCCCCGUCUUCUGCUUUGUCUACAUUCUAUCGCCCGAUAACAAGAUAGGGAACGCGAUGCGAUGCCCGGCUUCCAAGUUCAUCACCCACACUUUAUCCCAUGUCUGUUUUCUCAUUCUUUUGGCUGCUGCCACUUUCCGAUUGGAUGAAAAAUUUUUGCCCAUACCCUCAACUCGAUCGUCGACCAGUGAUUGGUUUGAAAAUAGGUCACUGGGAUUGCUAUGGAUGGAAUGCAAGCAAAUGCACACGUCUGGUCUGCGCAUCUACCUGCUGGACGACUACAACAUCAUCGACUUCAUCGUCCUCUCGCUAUACCUGGCCAGUUACACGCUCAGGUUCCUGGUGGACCACCGAAUAAAAUCAGUGGAUAAGUGGUACAACCAGGCUCGUUUUUACUGGAAGCCAAACGACCCAGAGAUAGUGUCUGAUGUGUUGUUCGCUGUGGCGAACGUGGUGAGCAUAGCGAGAACAACCUACCUCAUGCCCGCCUUUGAAGUUCUUGGACCCCUUCAAAUUUCUCUAGGGAGGAUGAUCGGCGAUAUCACCAGAUUUCUAGUCUUAUUUACUUUGGUGUUGCUAGCAUUCAUGGUGGGUAUACAUAAUUUGUACUGGUACUACGGUUCUCAGACAUUCCUCGUCAACAAGGACGGUGAGCAGAAACUCAUGCACACGUCAGAGGCAUUCCAAGGGAUGCCACGGACGCUACUGAGCUUAUUCUGGUCGAUGUUUGGUCUGGUUAGCGUUGAUAGCGUCGAAAUAAAGCAUCCAAGCAAGGAGAAGGUGGGUCAUUUUUUGUUCGCCCUCUACCACGUGGCCAUCAUCAUCGUCCUCACCAACAUGCUGAUUGCAAUGAUGAGUCACUCCUUCGAAGCUAUACAGGGUGACUGCGACGUCGAGUGGAAAUUCGCGCGAACGCGUCUCUGGGUGAACUACAUCGACGAAGGCAACACCCUCCCCGUUCCAUUCAACAUGAUCCCCACCCCCAAGUCCCUGGCUUACAUUUGGCAGUGGGUCAAAGAACUUUUUAAAAGCCAGCGGGAG